CCAGAAAGUUAAUCUUAUCAAAUAAGAAACAAGCGUCGAUGUUCACAGAAGAGCACCGCUUAUCUGCCCUUGUCCUUUCGUAUUCAACCAAGAGCGAGCAAGCAUGGAGCCAUAGGAGGUGGGUGAUCAAGAAUAUGGCCAGAAAUCUUACAACUUUGCAAGAGAUUUUGAGGGAAGAAUCUGACCUGGUGGAGAAGAUAGCAGAGGUGAUACAGGAACUGAAGCAAUCCAAAACGUGGGCUGGGUUACAUGUCGCUGAUCAUUCUUGCUUUCAUUAUCGCAUGCGACUAAUCAUUAGAAUUUUAGAGGAUUGCUGCCGUAAGCAAGAAGAGGGGUCUUGUGAUUCUUGUGUUGAAGUUUAUCUGAUCUGGCAGGAGGAGCUUGACUGGAAUGAAGAAUUAAUAAAGCGUUAUUUAGGAAGGGAGGCUCUAUGGCUCUACCGUCGCUUUCUCUCCUUAUUAUGGAUAAGGCAUUUCACAAGCGAUGUCAACGACGUGUUUUCCCCACAAAAAAGCCAAUCUAGCAUCCAAGUGAACGUCAGUGCGUUUUUAGAUAAGGAGUUGCUCCUCGUCAAUUCAUGCUCGGAAGGAAGUGAUGAUGAGUUUGAAGAUUUUGAAGAACAAGCAAUUUGUUCAGCAUCUUACAUGUUAUGGUUGACAAAGCAAAUCCCUGAAACCCAGAAGUUAGAACUGAGGGAGAAGAUAGAGAAUGAGCGCUUGGACGCCAUGUUGAAGUUGGUGUCCCUGAGAGGUCCUCCAUUUGGGGCUAUCUAAGAUUAGUAAGUCUAUUUGGCUGCCAUGUACACUGGAAGUGGAUGGUAUUAAUUUGUUGGACGAAUUGUCAUUGAAUUGAACCGUGUAAAGGUAACAAAUUACAGUAACAAAUUACUGAAUAGUUGUCCACUUAAAAAUGAUCAUGAUUUCGAUCGUCUUUGUUUUGUCAAAAGACUCAAAACAUGAAUGGGUGGCGUUGCAGUUACAGAUGGAAGAAUUUAUGUUACCCUGAGUCCCAUUCCUUUUCGCGUGGUAAGUACAAGGCCCAGUCCAGCAAAGCAGAACAUGAGUCGAACACUGCAUUUUUGGGGGAUGACGGGAAGGGUAUGUGCUUCAGCAAUAUUCCCAUGCUAAAUCUCUUCUUCGACCUUUCGUACGUACGGGCACGACUGUAUUUAUUGAGAGAGUUACAAUUUACAAACGAACGCAAAUUGAACAGUGUAAAGGUAACAAACUACAGUAACAAAUAACUGAAUAGUUGUCCACUUAAAAAUGAUCAUGAUUUCGCUCGUCUUUGUUUUCUGAAAAGACUC